AUCACAGGGAUUCAAGGACCUACUCAGACGCGAAAUUUUUUCAGCAGUGCAAUAAGAUGAACGCAAACCUGGAAAUAACAUUUAAACAUUCAAGACAAAAUAACUUAGGUUAGUUGCAAAUGUUGAACCUGGACAAUGUAUCAUUUAUAAUACUAAAGAUUUAAUUACAGACGUUGCAAGUUUUCAUUUACUGACUGACGGUGUAAUCUCUUGGCCUAAACUGCAAAUCAUUGCUUGCAAUUUCUGUGAUCGCUACACUGGUUUUUGGGAUCUUCGCGAACAUUGCAGCUGGAAAAUUCCAAAGCCAAACCUGCGUUGAAAGAAUCUUAACCUGAGGCAAUGAAGUAAAGAUAUGGCUCUUCCUGGAUACAAGAAUAGUGAGAUUAUUCUGCAAGAUUAUCCACUCCAUUGCCAUAUUUGGAAUGACGAGCCUGUGCAACUGGAUGAAGCACUAACCUCAAAAUUGCAUGAUUAUGAGAAAACUGAUCCCCACAAGAGAACUCCACUCCACCUUGCUGUAACACUUGGAAGGGUUGAUUGUGUCAGAGUUUUACUUCAACACAAAUGUGAUGCAAAUGCAACAAACAAAGAAGGCUGGAGUGUUGUACAGGAAGCAGUUGGCACAGGAAAUCCAGAAUUAUUAGCUUUGAUCAUACAAAAUAGAGAAUACCAGAGAUUGACUGAACGAACUGGGGGAAUACCACAAAUCCUUGAAGCUUUGGAAGAGGCAGAUGACUUUUAUCUUGAAAUGAAGUGGGAAUUCUCAAGCUGGGUGCCAUUUGUUUCCAGAAUGUGCCCAAGUGAUACCUACAGGAUAUGGAAAAGUGGUGCAAAUGUUCGAAUCGAUAGCACAUUGGUUGGGUUUGAUCAAAUGUCAUGGCAACGUGGCAAACAAAGUUUUAUAUUUAAAGGCGAAAGAAAUUCCUCCCAUCUCUUCGAAGUAAAUCACGAGAAAAAAACAUUUUGGAAAGAAGUCAUUAAACUUAGGCAAGAGUCAGUCAGUCUCGAUUCAGUUAAGCCUCCAGUUGACAUUAUAAGCAUGAGAAUGACGUCACCAAAUAUAACAACGUCCCUAGACACAGAAAGACUCUCAUUCACACGGCAAAGAUCUGGUUUCUUGGGUUGGGGUGGUGAUAAAUGUGAAGUAAUCAAUGGCUAUGAAUCAAAGAUUUAUAAUGUCACUGGAGUGGAAGUCAUCACUCGAACUAGAACCGAACACAUGACCGAGGAAGAUAGAGAGAGGUUUAAAGAGGAGAAAACGCAGUCACAAUCACGCCUUCCAUCAUUUUUCAAUUUGUUUCAUCAAGACGAGGAAGACUCUACCAGUAAAUUAUAUGAAAAAGCAUUGGAUCCUGACACGACCAAUCCAUUCAGGCUUUCAAUUGAACAAUACUUUAAUCCAAAGGAAAAUCCUGGGAAAGAUAUCGGGAGAUGCAAAAGAAUGACCUCGAAAUCCCAGAAAUUUUCAGCAACACUUGCGCUGUGUGAUAAUUUUCCAUUGUCACUGCAAGAUCAAGUUCUUCCAGUCAUUAAUCUCAUGGCAAACAGCAAUACUCAUUUCGCGAAACUAAGAGACUUUAUUACGCUGCAAUUGCCUGCUGGAUUCCCGGUCAAAAUCGAGAUCCCAUUAUUCCAUGUUCUGAACGCAAGAGUCACGUUCGGAAACUUUAACGGAACCGAGUCUUUACCUGAAGGGUUGAUCACCUUGAACGAAGAUGAGGCUGGCAAUCUGUCUGUUCCAGAUCCUGAUGAACCGAGCGAAGCUGGGGCUGAAGGACAGGUGCACAAGAAAGUCAGAUGCUUGAUUGAUAAGCUGAUAUUUGACUUGCCUCAUGGCUACAAAGAGCUAGGAGUUGAAGCAUACGAAAGACAAGGUGGCUACAGAGAUGAAGACGAUGAGCUUUUGCAGUUAGCCAUUCAGCAGAGUUUACUAGAUGGUGAUCCAGAACAGGAUGUGACCCUGCUGGAAGCCUUGGGGUAUGGCCGAAAUGACCCCCAAAGGGCAAUUCAGGAAAGCUUACUGUUCCCUGGGGAUGAAAGUGAAGCAGAUAGAGUGGAGGCGGUAAGAGAACCGAGUAGUGACGUCAUUGAUGAAGAUUUGCGACGAGCAUUGGAAAUGUCAGAGAGAGAAUUGUUCAAGCAAAGAGCUCAGGAAGAACAGGAAGACGAAGAACUUCAAAUGAUUUUGAGAUUAUCCAUGACUGAAAAAUAGUUUAAACACAGAAGGCCCGCAGUUUAUGUAUUUAUUCUCAUGUUAAUAUCCGUAACAAAACCUGUGAUUUUAGUUCUUUUGAUUUGAAUCGCUGUAUCAUUCCAAAAACAUUUCUUUGCAUUUAGGAAUGAUUAUAAUAUUAUCAAAUGAUUGUCACAUCUUCUUUUGCCUUAGUUAUAAAUUUACUAGACCAUGCCUCUUGACGUCGCCUCUUAUGGGUUAAAGUUGCUUAUACAAAAAUGUACAUUGUUGAACAACUUGUUAGAUGCACAUAUCACGAAGGCGAUACUAUUUUAUUGUUAAUUCUCCAUAUAGUUCGUAAAGAUUUUUUUUGACAAAAGAGUAACAAAUUCUA